UGAUUGUGAAGCAUUGUUGCGAAUUCACGCCGCAGAAUUUCUCCGUGUGAUUCAUUUACAAGCUACGUUGCUGCAUUUUUCUUCAACGAGAAAGCCACGAUGAGCAGCGUCAAGGAUCUGCGCGAGGCGCGUCGUCGGAAGAUUCUGGAGCGGGGGAAUGAUCGCCUUGCAUUCAUCACUGGACAGGUCAAGGCUCUGUCGCCUGCCGAACCCAGUUCUGUUGUUGGUGUGCGGGGGGAAUCCGGCCUCAAGUCGCUCUCCAUUGCUGGCGAGCUUCCGUCUUCCAGCGAAGAUCCUCUGCCUACGAGUAGCCCCUUGAAUGUCCCGAACGCUAUCCCUGAAGAGAGCACAAGUGUUGAAACUGAACUGCACUCACCUGAUCCUGCUCCAGCAGAGGAGACUCCGUUACUGUCACCUUUGAUUUCUGCACCUGCAUCUUCUACCCUCCAGCAGAAAGACAUUGCCCCUGCCACUAAGAGUAGGGUUGUCUCCUCUCCGAAGAGCAGGUCGAAUUUUGAUUACGCCACCUUAGGCAAAUCAAUUGACCACAGUAUAGCGAUUCGAGCAAUUCUUUCAUUUUUCAUCGGGAUUUCUCUAGUGUUUCAAUGGGCAUAUUCAAAAUGUCAGCGUACAGGAGCGUUUGGAAGCCAGCGUUACAUCUUAAGCUGGCCAGUAUUCUUGGUAAUUAUCUCUGAUCUCACUAUAGUGGUUGCUGCUCCUCUCCUGGGUUUUAUUAAAGUGCCCCCUGCUUCUGUCAAAGGGAAUCCUGCCGACAGGGGAGGUUUGGAAGCUCUUCGAGAUCCAAAGAUUGAACAGAUGCUGGCGUUUACCUCGAACCUAGAAGGUGCGCUAGACCUGGGUUUAUUGGUGACCAAAGCCGCUAGAGGGGUUAUGUCUGACAUUUCUCUCUAUCUCGUCACAAUGAUUUGUGCAGUAUCCAUUGCACAGCACUAUCAACCAGCUCUUUGUACAUACAUAAGUAGAUGACUACAUGUAUCAUGAACAACUGUUAAUUGUAACACUAUAUAACCUUACAUUCGAAGUAUUUUUCAUUUUUAGUGUUUUCGCCCGUCCGGCCA